AUGCUUCAAACUCCAUCUCAAUUCUUGAUUCCACUACAAUCUUCUUCCCUUGUCCGCUUUCCCUCCUUUUUACGGUUGUGAGUGCGUGAAAAAGUUGAAAAUGGAGAAGCCCAUUAGUCUUUUUACUGUAACACUUCUCUUCUUGUUGUUCAAUCAAUCAUUGGCCAUUCCUGGCACGUACAACAUUUUAGAGUUGGGAGCAAAACCUGAUGGGAAAACUGAUUCAUCCAAGUCUUUAUUAAGUGCAUGGGCUGCAGCUUGUGGCUCUACCAAGCCAGCCACAAUUUUUGUACCAAAAGGAAGGUAUUUUGUGAAGCAAGCACAAUUUCGAGGACCAUGCAAGAAUAGAGCUAUAAGCUUUAGAAUAGAUGGUACCCUCGUGGCUCCUUCAGAUUACAAAGCCAUUGGAAAUGCUGAUUUCUGGCUUCAAUUUCACAGGGUUGAUGGAGUUUCCAUUCGCGGUGGCAUUCUUGAUGGCCAAGGUACUGGUCUCUGGGGUUGCAAAGCCUCCGGCAAGAAUUGUCCGACCGGCACAACGACAUUGGGAUUUACCAACUCAAACAACAUUGCAAUUGCCGGCCUAACUUCUCUCAAUAGCCAAUUGUUCCACUUGGUGUUCAACGGCUGCAACACCGUGAAAUUGCAAGGAGUAAAGGUUUCGGCGGCCGGAAACAGCCCCAACACGGACGGGAUUCAUGUGCAAUAUUCAUCAGGAGUCACAAUCUUGAAUUCCAAGAUCAGUACUGGAGAUGACUGCGUUUCAAUUGGUCCUGGCACUACAAGUUUGUGGAUUGAAAAUGUUCUUUGUGGCCCUGGCCAUGGCAUCAGCAUUGGGAGUCUUGGAAAAGAUUUUGAAGAAGAGGGAGUACAGAAUGUGACAGUGAAAAGUGUUACCUUCAGGAAUACACAGAAUGGUGCAAGGAUUAAAUCAUGGGGUAGGCCAAGCAAAGGUUUUGUCAAGGAUGUUUUGUUCCAGCAUGCCACUAUGAUCAAUGUCCAAAACCCCAUCCUAAUUGACCAAAAUUAUUGCCCGGAUAACAUCAAUUGUCCUGGACAGGUUUCAGGCAUAAAAAUAAACGAUGUUACGUAUCAAGACAUCCAUGGAACAUCAGCAACAGAAAUUGCAGUCAAAUUUGAUUGUAGCAAGAAGAAUCCGUGCAGUGGGAUAAGAUUGGAAGAUGUGAAAUUGACAUACAAGAAUCAACCGGCUAAAACAUCUUGUGCCAAUGCUGCUGGAACUAAACUUGGUUUGCUUGGCACUAAUAGCUGUUUGUAGGCAAAGAUCACAAACCCCUUCCCUUUUCCCCACCCCCUAACCCAAAAAAAGAAAAAAAAAACUACGUUUCCCCAAAAAAAAAAAAGGGGUUGGAGGAAGUGUAAUGGGGUACAGAUGGUAUAUUUGAAUAGAAAUUUUAGUACUUAGGUUAUAGCACAGCAAGUGACUCAAUCAAAUUAAUUUGCCUGCGCCGGAGGUGUUGGCAUAAUCAUUGUUCGCCUGGCCAUGCAACAGUCAUGAAUCUGUGAUCAACAAGUCCAGUGGACAGAAAAUAUAUUUCCUGUAGUGAAAUGGAUUAAAU